GGGGUUUCGCCUGGAGAGCCGGAGCAUGGUGGUACACGGGACUCAGCCCCAGCGGAGGAGUACUACACACACAUUGGGUUGUACUCAGUGACAGCGCGAGGGGAGGAGGCGUACGUGUGCGGGGAGGGUGAGGAGUUGAAAGCACCGUCCAACACGUGAGGCUCAUGUGACUGUGUGGAGUCUGUGUCUGUAGCCGAGAGACGUGCCCGCAGUCACAGGGUUUAACACGUAGUCAAAACCCACCCAGCUCUCACACAUUCAGCCGCGCGUGGAGCCUCCCUAGACAUACUACUGAGUCCGGACCUCAGGGUGACAACGUUGAGCCGUGCCCAACUCCACUCCACAGCGGGAAAACACGCGCACUGGAUAACAGGAGAUACUUUUGACUUCUUUUCUUUUUCAUUUUUGAUGGUUUUUACUCGUUUUGAAGCUCGACUAAAAACACGUAUUUCCAACGAUUUGGAGGCUUUUUGAAGUUUUUCUUUGGAGUUUGACAGUGAAGCGACAUGGAGAGGAUCACAAGUGCGCAACCACCUCCCUGUAUGCCAAAACACUCUGCACUGGACAUAGCUGAAAUGCAAGGGUAAGAGGAAAUUGUUUUGUAUUAUUUCUAAUAUUAUAAAAAUAAGGCAACCCUUUACUAAAGUAUAACCAGCUACAAAUAAGUAAUUUUAUCAACUUGUCUCGAUAGGAUGGAUUUCCCCAUCUAUGUGUACAAAUCCAGACGGGGGAUGAAACGUGGGGAUGAAAGCAAGGUAAGUUUUAAUCUUAACUCUGAUUUUAUCUUAAUAUUAUCUUAUUAUUUAUCAUUUUGAAUUUUACUGACAGCAUUUUUUUACUCUUUAAAGGAGACAUACAAGUUGCCACACAGACUGAUAGAAAAGAAAAGGCGUGACAGAAUCAACGAAUGCAUUGCCCAGCUGAAAGAUUUGUUGCCAGAGCAUCUUAAGCUUACAGUGAGUAUUGUUGUCAACAUUCUGCAUGUCUGCUAUACAGCCUUGACAUCUGAGCAGUUUGUUCAUUGCAGCCUUGGAUUCAUUUUCCUUUUUUUUUUUUUAUUUAUUUUUUUUUUUUUUGAGUGCUAAAGAGAACAAAAGUUUGGGUCUGAAGUAGAAAGAAGAGUUUUAAUUAAUGCCCAAAUUAAAACAUGUUUUCAGUUCAUAAUUUGUUGGUAAAAUUUGCGUGUAAGUGGAUUGCAUGACUUCCCGGGUGUUUGAGGCUUGUCCUCUAUUCAGCUGCAGAAUGUGUUACAUAAGAAAGAUCAACAUGCUUAUCGAAGGUCUUCCUGUUUUAGACGCUGGGUCAUUUGGAGAAAGCUGUGGUGCUGGAACUCACUCUCAAGCAUGUGAAAGCUUUGAGUAACCUCCUGGAGCAGCAGCAACAGAAAAUUAUUGCUCUGCAAAAGGACCUGCGAAUAAGUAAGUCUAAUACCCAGACCGUUGCAUAAGCACUAAAUACAAAGUGCGGAUCAUUUUGUGACUCCUGUUUCAAAGAAUACUGUGAGACUAAAUUUUGAUAACGUGUGUUUUUCUCCAAUUAGCUGAUCAUGGAGGCGAAGAGAGCAGCGAGGAGAUGUUCCGCUCCGGGUUCCACUUAUGUGCGAAAGAGGUCCUCCACUAUCUGGCCGGUCAAGACAGUAGCCGGGACCUGACUCCCUCCCACGUCAUCGGCCACAUCCAAAAGGUAGCAGCAGAAGUCCUGCAGCAUCAAAGCAGUCCGAACCCAGAAGAGUCCAGCUCCCCACCUCCAGAGAAAAUGAAGAAACCUGCUGGGCAGCCUCAAAGAGCAUCUGAGGUCCCGGCAAAGAACUGCGUGCCUGUCAUUCAAAGGACUUAUCCCCAUGGGAUGGGGGAACAAAGUGGCAGUGACACAGACACUGACAGUGGCUAUGGGGGAGAACACGACAAGCGCGAGCCCAAAGCUCAGUGGUCAGAAAGUCAUCCAAAAGAGGGAGAGCUCAAGCAGGCUGGGUCUGAGAGGAAAACUGGACCCAUCAAGCAGGAGGGUGAUGAGCCUCAGGCCAAGAGGCCGAGGUCUGAAUCCCCAGAGGACGAGGUGUUCCCUGGUCACAUGGUAGGAGGCUCCGGCAGCUACAUGAGCCUGUCUCCUAACCAGCACCCAUUCUGUCUCCCGUUCUACCUCAUCCCCCCUGCAGCUGCAACAGCCGCAGCAUACCUUCCCAUGCUGGAGAAAUGCUGGUACCCUGGGGGCAUGCCAGUUAUGUAUCCUGGCAUGGGCGGCUCAGCAGCAAGUUUGCACCCAGAGACACUUCCCCCAUCCCUGGUGGUGUCACAGAGGGCAGGGUCUCCAGCACCCCACCAGAACCCCAUGGACUUCCCUGCUCCACAUAAAGCUUUAAAGCAGGUCUCCCCGUUGAACUUGGAAACCAAAGACUAAACAGAUGUGUUUCUGUUGGAAAUCCUACCCUCUGAAUGUUGAUGUCAAAUGGUCGGGACGCUGAAAAGAGGGUAAACAGACAGAAACGCACUGGUACCCUUUCAAAACCACAGCUGUUGUUUGGUCUAACAGAAUUUGGACUCUAUCCGAGAACCUGAAACGGCCUCGGCAUUUGUAAUCAGGUCCUCGCACACUGAAACAAUAUGUUAGUGGACAACAUGGACCAUCCGUGUGAAGGCUCGUAAUAUAUCACUGGUUGCAUUGCUCUACAACACUGUGAAGAUCAGUUUUGGUCAGGUUAGAGAUGAGUGUGCGAGACAUUCUGGAGAGAGCGGGAUCGAUUUGGAGGGUUUGUCUACUCAGCACCCAGUGUUGAAUGUCAGAGGUCAACUCAGAAUGUAAGGCCUAGAUAAGCCCCCCAAAAUUAUUUGGACCUACUUUUGCACACACAUACACACACACACACAGUCUGUAAUGAAUGUAAAGAUUGAAACAAAAGCCCCCCUGUAGAGGCUGCUUGAAUUAUUACCUGCUGUUGUUCUGUGAAUGGAGGAUCUACCUUCAGUGUUCGCCGCUCUUGUAACUGCAACUAACCAUCGUUUAGGAUGUUACCAAAAAAAACAAAAAAACAAAGCUGGUUUAUGAUGACUCCGGGUGUCACAAAUACUCCACUCAUUUGACCCAUCAGAUGCCCUGGGGCUUGGUUUGAGACGAGUGUCCACGAUGUCAAAAGAAUUCAGGGCGUUGUCACCAUUCGAGGUGUGUCUGUUGAAGACUAAUGUGGCCAUACGCGCUUUUAUGAUUUAAUUUGUGACUCAUGACUAUUUGUGUAUUUAGACAGAGUUCUUGUUAAGUCAUGUCUUGUAAUUAUUUUCUGUUUAUACAACUUGUACAUCUCUAUUUUUGAUAAGUGACCCACUGAGUGUAUUUGCGUUGCUACCAGACAAGGGUUUAGGUAGUAAUUUGCUGUAUCUAAGAGAACGUGUACAGUACAUAGCGUUGUGCUCAACCAGAUUCACAUUUUGUCCCCGAUUCCCCGUCAUGUUAAGGCCUGACCUUAGCUCAUGCUGUUGCCUUUACUCGAUUAAUGCAGACACAACAAAUGCAGGUUUUUUUUUUUAUGUAUUUUGCUUUAAAUGUUGUGUCUUUGGCAAAGAGAAAGAGUGAAUGUAAAGUUUAAGCUAAAAUAAUAGUUUUGUAUAGAAAACGGUACUUGGGGUUUUUAUCUUGAAAUGUAACAAAACAAUGUUUGUUGUAUAUAUUUUGUAUAUAAAGUAUUAUUGAUAUAUAUUAAAUAUUAAUAAAGUUUUUUUCCCACAUUCA